AUGAUGCCAGCCCUUUGUCCCCUCAGCCUCCGUCUGGCCCUAUUGGUGUUGCUGAGCACAGCCAGAGCAGGCCCCUUCUCUCCACGGUCCAACACAAGCCUCUCAGCCCCUCGGCCCCCUCCCCAGCCUGGGGGCCGCACCGUGGAGGCAGGUGGUGGAAGUCCCUCUUCGCAGCUCUACGAGCACACCGUCGAAGGAGGGGAGAAGCAGGUGGUAUUCACCCACCGCAUUAACCUGCCCACUUCCACGGGCUGUGGCUGCCCACCGGGCACAGAGCCCCCCGUCCCUGCCUCGGAGGUGCAGGCACUGAGGGUCCGGCUGGAGAUCCUGGAGGAGCUGGUGAAGGGGCUCAAGGAACAGUGUGCUGGGGGGUGUUGCCCUGCGGCUGCGCAGGCUGGCACGGGCCAGACAGACGUGCGGAGCCUCUGCAGCCUCCAUGGUGUGUUUGACCUGAGCCGCUGCGCCUGUUCCUGUGAGCCAGGCUGGAGCGGACCCACCUGCUCUGACCCCGCAGACCCCGCGAUGCCCCCCUCCACUCAGCCCCCAGCCUCCGGGUCCUGCCCUGAUGACUGUAACGAUCAGGGUCGCUGUGUCCGUGGUCGUUGCGUGUGCUUCCCUGGCUACACGGGCCCAAGCUGCAGCUGGCCUUCCUGCCCCGGGGACUGCCAGGGCCGUGGACGCUGUGUGCAGGGCGUGUGCGUGUGCCGGGCUGGUUUCUCUGGUGCUGAUUGCAGUCAGCGUUCCUGCCCCCGGGGCUGCAGCCAGAGGGGCCGCUGCGAGGAUGGGCGUUGCGUGUGUGACCCUGGUUACACGGGUGACGACUGUGGCACUCGGAUAUGUCCCUGGGACUGUGGCGAGGGAGGGCGCUGCGUGGACGGCCGCUGCGUGUGUUGGCCUGGAUACGCAGGAGAGGACUGUAGCACGCGGACUUGCCCGCGCGACUGCCGAGGCCGCGGGCGCUGCGAGGACGGCGAAUGCAUCUGCGACCCGGGCUACAGUGGGGACGACUGUGGUGUGCAACGCUGCCCAGGGGAUUGCAGCCAGAGAGGCCGCUGCGAGGAUGGGCGCUGUGUGUGCUGGCCGGGGUACACUGGGCCCGACUGCGGUGCGCGCGCCUGUCCGCGCGACUGCCGGGGCCGCGGGCGCUGUGAGAACGGCGUGUGCGUGUGCAACGCGGGCUACAGCGGCGAGGACUGUGGCGUGCGCACCUGUCCUGGGGACUGUCGUGGGCGAGGCCGUUGUGAGAGCGGUCGCUGCGUGUGCUGGCCGGGUUAUACGGGUCGGGACUGCGGUACACUUGCCUGCCCAGGAGACUGUCGCGGGCGCGGCCGCUGCGUAGACGGUCGCUGCGUGUGCAACCCAGGUUUCACGGGUGAAGACUGCGGGAGCCGUCGGUGUCCAAGCGACUGCCGCGGGCAUGGCCGCUGCGAAAACGGCAUGUGUGUGUGCGAGGCGGGCUACUCAGGUGAGGACUGCGGCGUGCGCAGCUGCCCCGGGGACUGCAGAGGCCGUGGCCAGUGCCUGGACGGGCGCUGCGUGUGCGACGACGGCUACUCGGGCCAGGACUGCAGCGUGCGGCGGUGCCCGCAAGACUGCAACCAGCGGGGCACGUGCCAGGACGGGGUGUGCACCUGUUGGGAAGGCUACGCGGGCGAGGACUGUGGCACCCGCACCUGCCCCUCCAAUUGUAACCGGCGUGGCCGCUGUGAGGACGGCCGUUGUGUGUGCGAUCCGGGCUACACUGGCCCCACCUGUGCCACACGCACCUGCCCGGCCGAUUGCCGGGGCCGCGGGCGCUGCGUGCAGGGAGUGUGCUUGUGCCACGUGGGCUACGGAGGCGAGGACUGCGGGCGAGAGGAACCUCCUGCCAGCGCCUGUCCCGGGGGCUGUGGGCCCCGGGAACUGUGCCGCGCCGGCCAAUGUGUGUGCGUGGAGGGCUUCCACGGCCCCGACUGCGCCAUCCAGACGUGCCCCGGGGACUGCCGCGGCCGCGGAGAGUGCCGCGAGGGCAGCUGCGUCUGCCAGGAUGGCUUCGCAGGGGAGGACUGUGGGGAAGAGAUUCCUGCCAUAGACAACAUGAGGAUGCACCUGCUGGAGGAGACCACCGUGCGCACAGAGUGGACCCGGACUCCGGGCCCUGUGGACGUCUAUGAAAUCCAAUUCACCCCCACGACAGAGGGGGUGAGCCCUCCGUUCACAGCACGGGUGCCCAGCUCUGCCUCAGCCUAUGAUCAGAGAGGAUUGGCUCCGGGUCAGGAGUACCAGGUCACUGUCCGUGCCCUCCGCGGGACCAGCUGGGGGCCCCCUGCCUCCAAGACCAUCACCACCAUGAUUGAUGGCCCCGUGGACCUCCGCGUAGUGGCUGUGACACCGACCACCCUGGAUCUCAGCUGGCUGCGUCCCCAGGCCGAGGUGGAUCGGUUUGUGGUGUCCUAUGUCAGUGCUGGCAACCAGAGGGUGCGGCUGGAAGUGCCCCCCGAAGCAGAUAGGACGACGCUGACAGAACUGAUGCCAGGCGUGGAGUAUGUGGUGACUGUCACCGCGGAGAGAGGCCGGGCAGUCAGCUACCCAGCUUCCGUCAGGGCCAACACAGGGUCUGCCCCCUCAGGCAUCCUGGGGCCUACCGAUGAGCCCCCUCCUGCAGGCCCCUCGACCACACAAGGAGCCCAGGGCCCCCUCCUGCAGCAGCGCCCCCAGGAGCUGGAAGAGCUGAGGGUGCUGGGCAAAGACAAGGCAGGGCGCCUGCGUGUGGCUUGGACUGCCCAGCCUGACACCUUCACCCACUUCCGGCUCUACCUACGAGUACCCGAGUGGCCAGGGGCACAUGAGGAACUGCUGCCAGGGGACAGACGCCAGGCUCUGGUGCCCUCGCCCCCUUCUGGAUCUCCCUACGAGCUGUCACUUCAUGGGGUCCCUCCCAGGGGCGAGCCCUCUGCUCCCAUCACCUACCAAGGCAUCAUGGAGCCAGAGGAGGAGAAACCUGGGGAGCCCCCAAGGAUCCCGCGCCUGGGCCAGCUGUCAGUGACUGGCUUGACCUCUGACUCACUGCUCCUGCACUGGACAGUCCCUGAUGGCGAGUUCGACUCCUUUGUGAUCCAGUACAAGGACAAGGAUGGGCCCCGGGCAGUUCCUGUGGAGGGGCCCCAACGCUCGGUCCCCAUCACCUCCCUGGAGCCAGGCCGCAAGUACAAGUUCGUCCUGUAUGGCCUGGUGGGCAAGAAGAGGCAUGGCCCCUUGGUGGCUGAAGGCAAGAUACUGCCUUACAGUGAUCCCAGCCGAGCAGCAGCUCCCCGCCUUGGGAAGCUGUGGGUGACAGAUCCCACCCCAGACUCGCUGCAGCUCUCCUGGACCGUCCCUGAGGGCCAGUUUGACUCCUUCAUGGUUCAGUACCGGGAUCGGGACGGCCGGCCCCAGGUGGUGCCUGUAGAGGGGCCUGAGCGCUCAGUCAUCAUCUCCCCCCUGGACGCUGACCACAAGUACAGAUUCGCUUUGUUUGGAAUGGCCAACAAGAAGCGCUAUGGCCCACUCACAGCAGAGGGCACCACUGCCCCAGAGAGGACGGAGGAGCCCUCCCGGCCUGCGUCACCUGAGCAGCCCAUCCUCGGGGAGCUGACGGUGACUGGCGUGACCCCUACCACCAUGCACCUGUCCUGGACCGUGCCUCAGGACCCCUUCGACUCCUUUGUGGUCCAGUACAAGGAUGCUCAGGGGCAGCCCCGGGCAGUGCCUGUCGGUGGGGACGAGAAUGAGGUCACCAUUGCUGGCCUGGAGCCCGACCGAAAGUAUAAGAUGAACCUCUACGGGCUGCAUGGAAGGCAGCGUGUGGGGCCAGUGUCUGUGGUUGCCAAGACGGCCACUCAGGAGAUUGUGGACGAGACCCCUGCCCCGACAGAGCCCAGCAUGGAGGCCCUGGAGACCCCCGAGGAGCCAGUCCUGGGGGAGCUGACGGUGACUGGGUCAUCCCCGGACUCUCUGAGCCUGUCGUGGACCGUGCCCCAGGGACACUUUGACUCCUUCAGCAUCCAGUACAAGGACAGGGAAGGACGACCCCAGGUGGUGCGCGUUGGGGGAGAGGAGCGUGAGGUGGCCGUGGAGGGCCUGGAGCCGGGGCGCAAGUACAAGAUGAACCUGUAUGGGCUGCACGAGGGACGGCGCAUGGGCCCCGUGUCCACUGUGGGUGUGACAGCCCCACAAGAGGAAGAAGAAGCUCCUGCAGUCACACAGCCACCCCUGGAGCCACGCCUCGAGGAGCUGACAGUGACGGAUGUGACCUCCAACUCUGUGGGCCUCUCAUGGAUGGUCCCUGAGGGCCGGUUUGACUCCUUCGUGGUCCAGUAUGAGGACAGAGAUGGGCAGCCCCAUGUGGUGCCUGUGGCUGCAGACCAACUCAAAGUCACUGUCCCCAACCUGGAGCCAGCAACAACCUACAAGAUGGACGUCUAUGGGGUCCACGGCGGGCAGCACGUGGGCCCCCUGUCUGUGGUGGUCAUGACAGAUCCCCUCCCUCCACCCCCCACCACUGAGGCCACGGAGCCCCGAGUGGAGCCAUACCUGGGGGAGCUGAUGGUGACAGGCGUGACUUUAGACUCUGUGGGUCUCUCAUGGACAGUCCCUGAGGGUGAAUUUGAUUCCUUUGUGGUCCAGUACAAGGACAGGGCUGGGCAGCCCCAGGUGGUGCCCGUGCCCUCAGGCCAGCGGGAGGUCACGGUCCCGGGCCUGGAGCCCUCCCGCAAAUACAAGUUUCUGCUCUUCGGUAUCCGGGAUGGGAAACGACGCGACUCAGCCUCUGUGGAGGCAAAGACGGGUAAGAGGGGUGAUGCCAGCCCAGCGACCCCGCCCCGCCUUGGGGAGCUGUGGAUAACGGACCCCACUCUGGACUCACUGCGCCUCCACUGGACAGUUCCUGAAGGCCACUUUGACUCUUUCAUGGUUCAGUUCAAGGACAAGGAUGGGCCCCAGGUGGUGCCAGUGGAGGGCCACUCACGCUCAGUCACAGUGGGCCCUCUGGACGCUGGCCGCAAGUACAGAUUCCUCCUUUACGGCCUUGUGGGCAAGAAGCGCCAUGGCCCGCUCUCCACCGAUGGCACAACUGAGACCCCCCGUGCCAUGGAGGAGACUGGCACAAAGAGGACCCCGAAACCCCGGCUCGGGGAGGAGUUGCAGGUGACCAGCGUGGCCCCGGACUCAGUAGACCUCUCAUGGACAGUCCCUGAGGGCCAGUUUGACUCCUUUGUGGUCCAGUACAAGGACAGAGCUGGGCAGCCUCAGGUGGUGCCCGUGGCAGGCAGCCUCAGGGAGGUCCGUGUCCCGGGCCUGGAGCCGGCCCGCAGGUACAAGCUGCUGCUCUAUGGGCUGCAUGAUGGCAAGCGCGUGGGGCCCAUUUCCACGACGGCCAUGACCGCCCCCAGGGAAGAACCUGAAGGUGAGAUCAAGGCCACACAGCCUCCAGCCCCAGAGCCCCGCCUUGGCGAGCUGAAAGUGGAGGAGGCCACUCAGCACGGCCUGCGGCUCUCAUGGUCAAUGAUCGAAGGAGAAUGUGACUCAUUCGAAGUGCAGUACACAGAUGAAGACGGGCAGCUCAACGUGGCCACUGUAGGGGGUGACCAAGGCGACGUUACCCUGACUGGCCUGGAAUCUGGUCACAGAUACCUGGUGACCCUGUACGGAUACUGGGAUGGGCAGCGCGUGGGUCUUGGCCGCAUCGAGGCCCAUACAGUCGCACAGGAGGAGGAGGAUCAGCCUUUAGAACCUACCACUACAACCCCUGAGCCCCCCACCAAGCCACGCCUGGGGCAGCUGACUGUGACAGACACCACCCCCGACUCCCUGAGCCUCGCCUGGACAGUCCCCGAGGGGCACUUUGACCACUACCUGGUCCAGUACAGGAAUGGAGAUGGGCAGCCCAAGGUGGUGCGGGUGCCAGGCCAUGAGGAUGAGGUGACCCUGUCGGGCCUGGAGCCAGACCACAAGUACAAGGUGAACCUGUACGGCUUCCACAGCGGCCAGCGCACAGGGCCUGUGUCAGCGGUGGGGGUGACUGCUGCCGAAGAGGAGACACCCACCCCAACAGAACCCAGCACAGAGGCCCCAGUGCCCUCCGAGGAGCCAGUCCUGGGGGAGCUGACGGUGACUGGGUCAUCCCCGGACUCCCUGAGCCUGUCGUGGACCGUGCCCCAGGGACACUUUGACUCCUUCAGCAUCCAGUACAAGGACAGGGAAGGACGACCCCAGGUGGUGCGCGUUGGGGGAGAGGAGCGUGAGGUGGCCGUGGAGGGCCUGGAGCCGGGGCGCAAGUACAAGAUGAACCUGUAUGGGCUGCACGAGGGGCGGCGCGUGGGCCCCGUGUCCACCGUGGGCGUGACAGCCCCUGAAGAGGAGCCUCCUGCUGUCCCCCUCCCCAAGCCACACCUGGGGCAGCUGACUGUGACAGACACCACCCCCGACUCCCUGAGCCUCUCCUGGACAGUCCCCGAGGGGCACUUUGACCACUUCCUGGUCCAAUACAAGAACGGAGAUGGGCAGCCCAAGGUGGUGCGGGUGCCAGGCCAUGAGGACGAGGUGACCCUGUCGGGCCUGGAGCCAGACCACAAGUACAAGGUGAACCUGUACGGCUUCCACAGCGGCCAGCGCACAGGGCCUUUGUCAGCGGUGGGGGUGACUGCCCCCAGAGAAGACGAAAGAACAACAUCAGCCUUGACUGAACCCCCGACCUCAACCCCCGAACCCCCCACCAAGCCACGCCUGGGGCAGCUGACUGUGACAGACGCCACCCCCGACUCCCUGAGCCUCUCCUGGACAGUCCCCGAGGGGCACUUUGACCACUUCCUGGUCCAAUACAAGAAUGGAGAUGGGCAGCCCAAGGUGGUGCGGGUGCCAGGCCAUGAGGAUGAGGUGACCCUGUCAGGCCUGGAGCCAGACCACAAGUACAAGGUGAACCUGUACGGCUUCCACAGCGGCCAGCGCACAGGGCCUGUGUCAGCGGUGGGGGUGACUGCUGCCGAAGAGGAGACACCCUCAGAAUCCACAGAGGUGGAUGAGACCCCCACCCCAACAGAGCCCAGCACAGAGGCCCCAGUGCCCUCCGAGGAGCCAGUCCUGGGGGAGCUGACGGUGACUGGGUCAUCCCCGGACUCCCUGAGCCUGUCGUGGACCGUGCCCCAGGGACACUUUGACUCCUUCAGCAUCCAGUACAAGGACAGGGAAGGACGACCCCAGGUGGUGCGCGUUGGGGGAGAGGAGCGUGAGGUGGCCGUGGAGGGCCUGGAGCCGGGGCGCAAGUACAAGAUGAACCUGUAUGGGCUGCACGAGGGGCGGCGCGUGGGCCCCGUGUCCACCGUGGGCGUGACAGACAUGCAGGAGAUUGUGGACGAGAUUCCUGCCCCAACAGAGCCCAGCACAGAGGCCCCAGUGCCCUCCGAGGAGCCAGUCCUGGGGGAGCUGACGGUGACUGGGUCAUCCCCGGACUCUCUGAGCCUGUUGUGGACCGUGCCCCAGGGACACUUUGACUCCUUCAGCAUCCAGUACAAGGACAGGGAAGGACGACCCCAGGUGGUGCGCGUUGGGGGAGAGGAGCGUGAGGUGGCCGUGGAGGGCCUGGAGCCGGGGCGCAAGUACAAGAUGAACCUGUAUGGGCUGCACGAGGGGCGGCGCGUGGGCCCCGUGUCCACUGUGGGCAUGACAGCUCCCGAGGACAAACCUGUCACCACUCAGGCCACACCCACCACGACCCCCGAGCCCCCCAUCAAGCCACGCCUGGGGCAGCUGACUGUGACAGACGCCACCCCUGACUCCCUGAGUCUCUCCUGGACAGUUCCCGAGGGGCACUUUGACCACUUCCUGGUUCAAUACAAGAAUGGAGAUGGGCAGCCCAAGGUGGUGCGGGUGCCAGGCCAUGAGGAUGAGGUGACCCUGUCGGGCCUGGAGCCAGACCACAAGUACAAGGUGAACCUGUACGGCUUCCACAGUGGCCAGCGCACAGGGCCUGUGUCAGCGGUGGGGGUGACUGCUGCCGAAGAGGAGACACCCUCAGAAUCCACAGAGGUGGAUGAGACCCCCACCCCAACAGAGCCCAGCACAGAGGCCCCAGUGCCCUCCGAGGAGCCAGUCCUGGGGGAGCUGACGGUGACUGGGUCAUCCCCGGACUCCCUGAGCCUGUCGUGGACCGUGCCCCAGGGACACUUUGACUCCUUCAGCAUCCAGUACAAGGACAGGGAAGGACGACCCCAGGUGGUGCGCGUUGGGGGAGAGGAGCGUGAGGUGGCCGUGGAGGGCCUGGAGCCGGGGCGCAAGUACAAGAUGAACCUGUAUGGGCUGCACGAGGGACGGCGCGUGGGCCCCGUGUCCACUGUGGGCGUGACAGAGCCCACUGUCCCCAUGUAUGUCUCUCCAGCUCCCGAGGACAAACCUGUCACCACUCAGGCCACACCCACCACGACCCCCGAGCCCCCCAUCAAGCCACGCCUGGGGCAGCUGACUGUGACAGACACCACCCCCGACUCCCUGAGCCUCUCCUGGACAGUCCCCGAGGGGCACUUUGACCACUUCCUGGUCCAGUACAAGAAUGGAGAUGGGCAGCCCAAGGUGGUGCGGGUGCCAGGCCAUGAGGAUGAGGUGACCCUGUCAGGCCUGGAGCCAGACCACAAGUACAAGGUGAACCUGUACGGCUUCCACAGCGGCCAGCGCACAGGGCCUGUGUCAGCGGUGGGGGUGACUGAGGUGGAUGAGACCCCCACCCCAACAGAGCCCAGCACAGAGGCCCCAGUGCCCUCCGAGGAGCCAGUCCUGGGGGAGCUGACGGUGACUGGGUCAUCCCCGGACUCCCUGAGCCUGUCGUGGACCGUGCCCCAGGGACACUUUGACUCCUUCAGCAUCCAGUACAAGGACAGGGAAGGACGACCCCAGAUGGUGCGCGUUGGGGGAGAGGAGCGUGAGGUGGCCGUGGAGGGCCUGGAGCCGGGGCGCAAGUACAAGAUGAACCUGUAUGGGCUGCAUGAGGGACGGCGCGUGGGCCCCGUGUCCACCGUGGGCGUGACAGCCCCGCUGCCCACACAGCCUCCCUCAGAGCCCCGCCUGGGGGAGCUGGAGGUGGUGGCCGUGACUUCGGACACAGCACGCCUCUCCUGGACGGUGGCCCAGGGACCCUUUGACUCUUUUCUGGUCCAGUACAAGGAUGCACAGGGUCAGCCCAAGUCGGUGCCUGUGAGCACGGAGCUCCGUGAGGUCACAGUCUCAGGCCUGGACCCGGCCCGCAAGUACAAGUUCCUGCUGUUUGGACUCCAGGGUGGAAAACGCCACGGGCCACUUUCUGUGGAGGCAAAAACGAACCCAGACACGAAGCCCCCUCCCCGCCUGGGGGAGCUGACGGUGACAGACAUGACGCCCAACUCCAUGAGCUUCUCCUGGACCGUCGCCGAGGGUGAAUUUGACUCUUUCCUGGUCCAAUACAAGGACAGAGAUGGACAGCUGCAAGUGGUGCCCGUGGCUGGUGACCAGCGCGAGCUCACCAUCCCUGACCUGGAGCCCGGCAGAAAGUACAGGUUCCUGAUCUAUGGCCUGGUGGGCAGGAAGCGGCUCGGCCCCGUUUCCACCGACGGUGCCACAGCUCCCCUGGAGAAGGAUCGGCAGCCCCCGGCCCUCCUGGGGGAGCUGGCAGUGACGGAUGAAACCUUGGACUCUCUGCGCCUGUCGUGGACGGUGGCCCAGGGCUCCUUCGACUCCUUCCUGCUGCAGUACAGAGACGCAGAACGGCAGCCACAGGCAGUGCCCAUGGCCGCAGACCAGCGGGAGGCCACUGUGCGGGGCCUGGCGCCUGGCCGGAAGUACAAGUUCCUCCUCUAUGGGCUCCUCGGGGGAAAGCGCUUGGGCCCGAUCUCGGCCCUGGGAAUGACAGCCCCGGAGGAGGACACGCCGGCCCCAGGCAUCUCUGAGCCCCGUGAAGAGCCCCUCCUGGGGGAGCUAGUGGUGACAGACACAGCCCCCAACUCCCUACGCCUCUCCUGGAGCGUGGCCCGGGGCCCCUUUGACUCCUUUGUGGUCCAGUACCAGGACACGGACGGGCAGCCCCAGGCCUUGCUCAUGGACAGUGACCAGAACAAGGUCCUCAUCUCAGCCCUGGAGCCCAGCACCACCUACAGGUUCUUCCUCUACGGACUCCACGAGGGCAAGCGCCUGGGGCCCCUCUUAGCCGAGGGCACCACGGGGCCAGCUCCUGCUGGUCAGACCCUAGGGGAGCUGGGGCCUCGUCUGUCCCAGUUGUCUGUGAGUGAUGUGACCACCAGCUCCCUGCGACUCAACUGGGAGGCACCACCCGGAGCCUUCGACUCCUUCCUGCUCCGCUUCGGGGUCCCGUCCCCGAGCACAGUGGAGCCGCACCUGCGUCCCCUGCUGCAGCGCGAGCUGAUGGUGCCCGGCACGCGGCGCUCAGCUGUGCUACGGGACCUGCGGCCGGGCACGCUGUACAGCCUGACACUGUAUGGGCUGCGCGGGCCGUACAAGGCAGACAGUAUUCAGGGCACUGCCCGCACCCUCAGCCCAGUCCUGGAGAGCCCCCGCGACCUCCAAUUCACUGAUGUCAGAGAGACCUCAGCCAUGGUCACCUGGACGCCCCCACCCUCCAGGGUGGACAGCUUCAAAGUGUCCUACCAGCUGGCGGAUGGAGGAGAGCCACAGAGCGUGCAGGUGGACGGGCGAGCCCAAGCCCAUCAGCUCCAGGGGCUCCAGUCCGGCACCCGCUACGAGGUGACCGUGGUCUCCGUCCGUGGCUUUGAGGAGAGCGAACCUCUCACUGGCUUCCUCACCACGGUGCCCGAUGGCCCCACUCAGCUGCGCGCCCUGAACCUGACGGAAGGAUCUGCCUUGCUGCACUGGAUGCCUCCGCGGGCCCCAGUGGACAAAUACAAUGUCCGGGUCACAGCUCCCGGGGCCCCACCCCUGCAGGGCUCGGCCCCAGGCAGUGCUGUGGACUACCCUCUGCAAGACCUGAUGCUCCACACCAACUACACGGCCACAGUGCGUGGCCUCCGGGGCCCCAACUUCACCUCCCCAGCCAGCAUCUCCUUCACCACAGGGCUGAAGGCCCCCCAAGACCUAGAAGCCAAGGAGGUGACCCCUCGGACUGCCCUGCUCACAUGGACUGAACCCCAAGUCCCGCCCACAAGCUACCUGCUCAGUUUUGAAACCCCUGGGGGACAGACACAGGAGAUCCUGCUCCCAGGAGGGCUCACCUCACACAAGCUCCUCCGCCUCUUCCCUUCCACCCUGUACAACGUACGGCUGCAGGCCAUGUGGGGAGACAGCCUCACGCCACCCCUGGCCACCUCUUUCACUACUGGCGGCCUUCAGGUUCCCUUCCCCAGGGACUGUGGGGAGGAGAUGCAGAAUGGCGCUGGCUCCUCGAGGACCACCACCAUCUUCCUCAAUGGCAACCGCGAGCGGCCGCUGGACGUGUUCUGCGACAUGGAGACAGACGGAGGUGGCUGGCUGGUGUUCCAGCGGCGCAUGGAUGGGAAGACAGACUUCUGGAGAGACUGGGAGGACUACGCCCAUGGUUUUGGGAACAUCUCUGGAGAGUUUUGGCUAGGCAACGAGGCCCUGCACAGCCUGACGCAGGCUGGCGACUACUCCAUGCGCGUGGACCUGCGGGCUGGGGAUGAGGCUGUUUUCGCACAGUAUGACUCCUUCCGCGUGGGCUCAGCCGCCGACUACUACCGCCUCCACCUGGAGGGCUACCACGGCACCGCAGGUGACGCCAUGAGCUACCAUAGCGGCAGCGUCUUUUCUGCCCGGGAUCGAGACCCCAACAACUUGCUCAUCUCCUGUGCUGUCUCCUACCGCGGGGCCUGGUGGUACAGGAACUGCCACUAUGCCAACCUCAACGGGCUCUAUGGAAGCACGGUGGACCACCAGGGUGUGAGCUGGUACUACUGGAAGGGCUUCGAGUUCUCGGUGCCCUUUACGGAAAUGAAGCUGAGACCAAGAAGCUACGCCGGCUGAGGGCGGCUAACCCACCACCCACGCCUGGCACCCCGGUCUGACUGCCGAGCACUGAGGGGUCGCACGGAGGGAGAGAGGAGAAGCCGGCGCCGCCGGAAAAGGCCUUCUCUGCCCGCGAUCUCGCAGCACCAUGUUUACAGGGGGGAGGGGAGGGGUUGUGCGGGAGCAAUAAAACAGAAACAGAGGCAC